AUGGAAUUGACUCUAUCCAAUCACUGCCUCCUCCUCCCUUCCUCGCUGAGUUCCCGCCACAGUGAUAGCCGGAAUCCAUAUCGGAGCCUGACCUUCCGGUUCGAGUCCUGCAACGGACUUGGAGGGAGUACUGCCUUGGUUGUUCAUCGGAGAUCAUCAGCGGUUGUUGUGGCUCGAGCUGGGUCGAGCCACUGUGAGCCCAGUAGUAGCAGCAGCAGCAGCAGCAGCAGUAGCGGAAGCCUGAACACGCCGCUGGAGCCGCGUUCAGCUGCUGGUAGGUUCCUGAGCGGCGUGUUUCAGAACCAGAAGCAGCUGUUUCAUCUCGCCGUUGCCGAUGAGCUGAAGCUUUUGGCCGGGGAGAGGGAUGAUGCUGCGGCUCGCCUGCUGCGCAGCUCUGGUUCCGAUGAAGCUGUCCUUCACAGGAGGAUUGCUGGAUUAAAAGAGCAGGAGUGCCAAGUUGCAGUCGAAGAUGUCAUGUAUAUGAUGGUUCUAUACAGAUUCUCGGAGAUCAGGGUCCCUCUGGUUCCAAAGCUCUCUAAAUGUGUUUACAAUGGCAGACUGGAGAUCUGGCCUGCUAAAGACUGGGAGCUGGAGUCUAUACAUUCGUUCGACGUGUUAGAGAUGAUUAAGGAACAUGUCUCCACUGUGAUUGGCCUUCGAUCGGAUUCAAGCGUCACUGAUACUUGGGCCACGACGGAGAUCCAGCAGGUACACCUUGGUCAGAUGUAUGCUGCCUCCAUCCUAUAUGGAUACUUUCUCAAGUCUGCCUCGCUGAGGCAUCACUUGGAUCGAUCUCUAGAUGUGCUUCAGAAUGAUCACCUCCAUCUCGCUCAAAGUUCAGGUCGUCUGUAUUCAGAGAGGUCCAACCAUGGGCCGUCGAAUCUGAUCUUUGGCCAUGGUUCAUCUAAACGGGAUUCCAAGAGUCGUCAGAGUUUGAGGUCCUACGUAAUGGGAUUCGACGCUGAGUCGUUGCAAAGAUGUGCGAGGUUGAAAUCAAAGGAGGCUUUGAAUUUGAUCCAGAAGUACAGUUGUGCUCUUUUCAUGGACGAGAAGACUGGUCUGGUGGCGAGCGAUGAGACUAUAGUGACCUCAUAUUCGAGCCUGAGGAGGUUGGUCUUGGAAGCAGCUGCGUUCGGAACAUUUCUAUGGGACACGGAAGAGUUUGUGGAUAGUAAAUAUGAUGUACAGUUUAAGAAACACAGGCCUCUUAUGAGUCUACUUAUCAUGUAUGGAAUAAGGCAUUCAAGUCCUGAAAAAAAUCAUGCCUCCUAUGAGCUGCAAGUUGGUUGCCAAACGCAACUGCGAAAAGCAGGGAAUUGGGAGUGA